CGUGGUCAUAUACACCCGUGCAUGCGUGUUAAUGCAAAGUCCAAACUCGCAUUGUAAAUAAACAAUAUACUAUGAGCAACUGAAGUAACAAAAUGUGAAAAGAACGUAUAACUGUAUUAACAAUGGAAAACGAUUGUUCAGCGAUCGUUUAUGUUGCGAACGAAGACAAGGAAUUAUCUCUUACAAUUACUUAUGGACAAACAAUUGAAGACCUUUGUAUUAAGGCCUGUAAAUCACUUGGUAUAGGUCCAGUAGCCAGGCAUCUUUUUACUCUUAGAGAUCAUUAUACGAAACUUUGGUAUCCAUCAGCAUAUCCCCUGGAAAUGAAAGAUAAAAACAAAUAUGACUUUCGGUUAAGAUUUAAACCUUCAAGCUUACACAGACUGAAGCAGGUUGACAUAAAAGCCUACGAUUAUUAUUUUCUACAGGCACGUUCAGAUGUUAUGGAUAAUAAUGUACCAGACAUUGUUUAUGAAAGACAUAAACAAGAAUUAAUUGGUCUUGGUGUUAGUGAUAUGUAUAGAGUGAUGUUAGAAAAAAAAAUAUCUAGAGAAACAGUGCAAGCGGAAUACAGAAAAUAUAUUCCUAAAGAAUGUAUAAAACGUCAUGCAUUUUUUAUUAAAAAACCAAUUCAGAAUGCACUUCGUAAAAUAUCUGGAUAUGAUGCAAAUUAUGUUAAAGAACAGUAUUUGAAACAAUUUGAAUGUAUGGCACCAAAUUACCCAUAUGAAGAAUAUGAAGCUUUAAUGGAUAGAGGUCUUCAAGAUCCUCCAGCAAAAAUUACAUUAAGAGUCAAUUUUGAUGAAGUAAAAUAUUGUGAAACAAUUACUAAUCCAUGGAUUACAUUAUGUGCAAUCGAAGAUUUAUGUUUUGUUUCUAUAAGACAAGAUAACACAGUGGAAAUAUCAAGAAAGAAUGGUAUACCUUCAUACUUAAUAUUUUCAAACAAUGCAAUUUUAGUGUCCUUUGUUUCUGCUCUGGAUGGUUACUAUCGCCUAGCAGUUAAAUGGACAUUUAAUUUAUGUGGAGAAAUUGUCACCCCUUCUUUAGAAAGGUUACAUAAAUUAAAAUGUCAUGGUCCAGUUGGGCAAGAAUUUUCAUAUAUGAAACUCCAACGAAAGCGUGCUAAUAAACCAGGUUCUUAUAUACUUAGAGAGAGUGAAACAGAGUACAAUGUAUAUUAUUUAGAUGCAUGCAAUAAGGAAGGAAAAUUAUUUUCAAAGAGAAUAGAAGAAAGGAUUGAAUCAGAUGAUUUCACUAUUACUGGUGUUUCUAGUCGAUACAAUACAUUGGCACAAUGUGUCUCAUCUUUCCAAGAUUCUGAAGGACAGUCAUAUCUUUCAGAAUGUUUACCACCAUCAGAAUAUGAUAAAUCAUCAUUAUUACUUUGUGCUCCUGAAAGUGCAGUUAGUGAAGUUGCAGCUGAUGAACAAAUAGUUGCUUCAGUUUUAGAAACUGGACCUCGUUGUGUACCUCAAAAUCAGUUAGAAAUUUACAAACCUUUUUUAAAAACUACUAGGAUUCAACAAUAUUCACCAACAGCUCUUUAUAGAGCAAUUUGGAGAUUAACUAAAGGAAAGAAAUUAGAAGUUGCUCUGAAAAUUUUAAAACAAGAAGAAGAAAUACAUUUUACAAAAGAAUUUUUGGAACUUGUUGGAAAAUGGUCCCUAUUGCGUUCAAGCGCUGUUGUAAGAUUGUAUGGUUUAACAGUAACACCAUCCAUUGGGAUGCUUAUGGAAUUGGUACGACAUGGCUCUCUUGAUGAAUAUUUACGUAGUUCUUCUUCUCAAACUAUCAAAACUGUAGAUAUGGUAGAAGCAACAGCUUGUUUAGCCACUGCUCUUUGGCAUCUUGAAGAGAAUGGUGUAGUUCAUGGUAACAUUAGAUGCAAUAAACUGCUAGUACAUGCCCAUACUAAUAAUAGUUUUGUCGUAAAACUUGCCGACCCAGGAAUAUUUGUAUAUACAGAAACAGAUAUUCACUGGUUACCUCCAGAAACUUAUAAUGAUCCAGAAUUGGCUAGACAUAGUUUUCAGGCAGAUGUUUGGGCUGUUGGAACAACAAUUUGGCAAAUAUUUGCUAGGGGAGCCACAUUACAAGAAUUCCGAAAUGCUGCUAUUAUGAAGAAAUAUUAUGAAUCUGGAAAACGUUUACCUAUUCCAAAUGGUUGUCCUAUGGACGUAUAUAGGUUGAUGCUUGAAUGUUGGGGAGAUUCAAGUGGUUCUAGAAAACAACCUCAAGCAAUUAUGAGAGACAUUAAUCAAAUUCUAUAUCAAGUAUACAAUUCUCGCAGAAGUCAUACGUACGCAACAGCUUUCCCUAAAACAUUUACUCCUGAAUUGAAAAAAUUUGAGCCAGAUAACUCUGACUCCAGCGAUAAUAGGUCAAUAAAUAGUGAAUCAAGAAGUAGUAGUCUUUCUACAGACAAUACAAGUCUUCAAUGGAAUGGCACUGAUGAUAGUAUGCAAAGUUUAAUUAACACCAAUGAUAAUUAUGUAGGCAGUACAGAAGACCUCUCUGCAUAUUUAGGUUGGUUAUCUAAUGCAAGAAGAGAUUCAGAAGGGUGUUCAAUUUCUCAAAAUAACAUUCCUAACAUGAACUGUAUUGAACACUCCACUCAAGCUCUGCGAAUAGGACACCCUGGUGAUUUAGGCGAGGUAAUGGGAAGAAAUGAAUCUGGAACAGGAGAAGAUUGUGGAUCUGGAAGAAGUAGCAAUGGUUCUUUAGGUCAAAUGCGAGGCAUUUAUGAAUUAGACAUCGAUUGUAAUAUAAUUCUACAAGGCAGGAUCGGUCAAGGUUUUUAUGGAGAAGUUUAUAGAGGUACUUUGGAAAGAGAAAAUGGGAAAGAUAUUGAACCACAACAAGUUGCUAUAAAAAAAUUGAAAACAAGAGCACUUGAAGCAGAUAUAAGAGACUUUGAAAGAGAGAUUGCUAUAAUGAAGACCUUGAAACAUCCAAAUGUAGUGGAAAUUCUUGGUGUAAUAUCAGAACCUGAAGUUUGUUUGGUAAUGGAAUAUGUAAAACAUGGUUCAUUGCAAAGUUAUCUAACAAUUCACAAACAAGAAUUGACUCAUAAAAGACUAUUAGGGUUUGCUUUAGAUAUUGCAACAGGAAUGGAUUAUUUAGGUAGUAUGAGUAUUGUUCAUAGAGAUCUUGCUGCAAGAAAUAUUUUAGUUGCAGAUGAGAAUAAAGUUAAAAUCAGUGAUUUUGGGUUAGCUCAAGUUACUGGAAAAAAUGAUUACUACAUUUUACAAACUGAUCGAGGCCUUCCUAUUAAAUGGUAUGCUCCAGAAAGUAUUAGAGAUGGAAAAUUUUCUACUCGAUCAGAUGUAUGGUCAUUUGGUGUAACAAUGUAUGAAACAUUUGGCUUUGGAGAAGAACCACGUUUACCCGGCCUUGAUUCAAGUAUAGACCGUCUUCAAAAUGAACAAGAAAAAGGAAGUACUGAAUUGUUGGCUGCAUUAGAAAGAGGUACUCGUCUUCCUUGUCCGUCUACCUGUCCGCAAGUAAUUUAUGUAAAACUUAUGUAUCCUUGUUGGCAUUUACAAAGCCAUCAGAGACCAGAUUUUGCAACUCUUUGCAAGGAUAUUAAAGAUCUUCUUGCUCAAUACUAAAAAGCAAAGAUAGAAAAUAAGAAAUACAUAUAAAAUUAAGCGUAAGUUAGGCAAGUUUAACUUUAAAUUAUGUAAAAAAUUUAUACAAUUUUAAUUGUAAUAAUUUAUGGAACUUUGGUAUAUCUAUUUGUCAAAGUUAAACUUUUUCAAAUUUAUGAACAUUAAAUAGCAAUAUAUUAAUUCAAAUUUUUCAAGUUUUACUUAGAGUAUGACUUGACCUUAAUUAAAAAAUUUAUAUGAAAUUAUUGUUAUAAAUAUAAUUGUUGUAAUUAUUCAAAAAGGAAGGUAUUAAUGUACCUAUUUCUUGUUGUCAUAUAUUAUUUACUUUAGUAUUACGAAAUAAAUUUAAAUUGUGAAUUUGUAAAGAGAUACAAUUUAGUAUAAAGUAGAAUGAAUUCCACAGAAUUCUUUUCUUGUGUAUAUGUAUAUAUAGGAGUUCUUUUUAUAUACAACUAAAUACUUAUUGUAAAGAAAUUAGUAUCUUUGCUUUUUGUAAGAAAUAAAUGAUUAUUUCUUAAUUUGAGAUUAAGACGAAGAAAUAAUAUUUGUAAAAGUUAAGUAACUACAAUCAUGCAUAUGUUUAACGCAAUAAACAUUAAAAAAUUUGUUGAAUUGGUAUAUUAAUUACAGUAUCAUUAAGAAUUAAGCCUAAAUAAGUAAAGUUCGUAUAAUAUAUUAUGUAUUACUGUAGUUUAAUAUCGAAAAAAAACUAAUACGUCUUUUCACGAUUUUAAUCUUUAAGCACAAAUUUAAUUGAUCUCUUUCGUAGGAAAGUUUAUUUCUGAAAUAUAUGUGUAUAUUUAUCUAAUAUAUGUAUAUCUACAUAUAAUAUUACACAAGCACAUUACAUAUAGUGUUACAAAAGUUAAGAUAUAUGUAUACUUAAAAUAAUCUUAUCUAAAAUCUGUACAUAUGUAUAUGUAAUUUUCGUAAACUAUGUAAUAUGUUUCUGUCAAAGAAAUUUAAAAUUUAUUUUGUAGUCUUAAUAUUUGUCUAUCUUUUGUAAAUAUUUUUAAUCAAAAUAUUUCGGAAAUCUUUUAAUAUAAACUAAAUGCUUUUUAAUUAGGAUUACAUAGUAUUUUUAUAAAAAUUUUAUUACAUUGGUGAAUAACUCUGUUUAAUAUUAAAAAUUUUAAUAUCAAACAAUUGAAAUGAAGUUUUAAACUUUCAAUUGAAUUGUCACUGUAAUAUAUUGAAAUAUUUUAUAAAUGCUAAUAAGAUUACAAAGAGUAAGAAAUAAAUAAAGAAAUGGUUACAUUUAACUUUUUAUUUCGUUUUCAUAAUUACAGGAUGUAUAUAUGUAUAUAUACAUAUAUAUAAAUAUAUAUGCAUACAAUUAUGAAUUUGUAUUAGCGUUCGGUCCACGUCGACGACUGUAAGUUUGAACCACGUUAACGAAUCUUCGGUUGUAUUGAAUUCGCCUUUUAGCUCGACCUGUUUUCUUUUUACUCUUUUCUUGUUUCUCCACCUGUGUAAUGGAAAAGAAUAUUUGAAAUAAUAUUUAAAAAAAAAGUAGUAAGGCAAAUUUACGAAAAUUAAAACAUUCAUAUAAUUUCUGCUUUCUAUGCGUGAUAUUUUCUAUAAUUCUUGUCCUAGUGAUUAUUUCAAAGAGUAUUGUUGGAAAGAGAUAUAUUCAUUCUUUUCUUUCAAUCAUACUGUUGACUCUAAUCAAAAUAAUAAAUUCUUUUUAGAAUGAAGUAUUCUAUGAUUUUCUAAUUGAUAAAACCAAGAUAGUUGUUGAUUAUCCGAGUCCUUGUCAAUAUAUAAUUUUUCUUGAUAUAUCUGAAGUUGUACUUCUUUCUACAUGAAUUCACCAUAUGAUAGUAUCUUUGAAAAAAAAGAAAAUGGAAAGAAAAAUAUUUUUCAAUAAAAGGUUCGAGUUCAAUAAUUAUAUAAAGUGAAUAUGUUUAUCAUAUGAUAUCAAAAAUAUUGCAUUGGUACAGUUAAUAUUCUGAGAGCAAAGGGUUAAGAAUUGACUAAAUGUAACUUUAAACCGUAUAUUUCUUACGAAUGUUUUAAUCAUUUUAAAAAUUAACAAAGGAAUGUAUGUUAUGUACGUUGAUAUCAGAUUGUCUUACAAUGUAGAAUCAAUGUGUGUAGCAUGCCAAUUGUUGAUUGUUUUAUAUGAUAGAUGCAUAUUUGGAUAGAUGAUAAGAUGUUAUUUAAGUUGAUUUUAGAAUUUAGUACAUUAAUCUACAAUAUCUAUUUUUCCUUAAUUAUAUAUUGUAUUACUUAAUUA